AUGUCCGAUAAAUUGCCGGCGUCCCCAGCUGAAUAUUUUCUUUCUGCCCGUGUGACUCUUUUCUAUUGGUCCUUGUGGUCUGGGAGCACUUGCAUUCAUAACAAUCUUGUUAACGCUAUCAUGAUAGGAGCAUCUCUGCCCCUUUUAUUGCAAGUGAAGCGGACUUUUCGAAGACGAAGAGGCAACAUUGCGGGGAACUGUAGACGUGAUGAACGCUCCACUUCCCGGAGCGCUUCCCUGGAGUCCAGGGAUGAAUGA